AUGGCCAAUGUGGACGUGCUCCAGCUGCUCCAGCUCGCCUACCACGGUAGCAAAGAUGAGCGGUCGCGAGCGACGACGGAGCUGGAGGCGGCAAUGCAGUCUCCAGAGACGGGGCCCACCUGCCUCCUCACACUGCUGCGCGCCGGUGUUGAGCCUUCGUUGCCCGCGGAGCAGACUCUUUCCGCGCUUCUGUUUGCUAAGAACGCCAUGCUCCACCUCAUCGGAGACGACGUCGUGACAAACACGCCCGGUUUUUUGGAAGAGAUGGAGUCGCUGCUGUUCGCUGGCAUGCUCCGCGUGUCGGAGAGGCACCGCCGCGUUCUGCGUGCAUGCAUCAUGAACGUGACGAGCGGAUUCGAGUGGAACUACCUCGAAGAGCUAAUGCCUCUGAUUGACCGUGACCUGAACGCCGUCAGCGUUGAUGAGUCCUUGGGUGCGCUGGAGCUACUUUACACGUACGCAAAGCGCUUCAAGACACCAGGCCUCGAUCCUACGCCGCUGAAGCUGCAGGUCUGUGCAGUACUGGUGCGCAAGCUGCCCGAGUACGUUGGGUACAAUGACAUCCGUGUCUACCGUUUGGUCUUCAAACUGAGCGAGUGCAUUGUGGAGAGUGGGCUGCAGCUUACAAGCUCAAAAGAGAUGAGCGGGGACGCGCUGGAUGGACUCUUUCAGCUCAUGCUAGCCUUUCCUCAGCAGCACUACGAGGCCGCGCUGGCGGCAGGCGGCACGGCGUACGGAGAGUACGUCAAGUGCCUCAAACGCAUUGCCAUGGUCUCGUACUCCAUCAUCAACGACGCGACGCGACGCAAAAAGCCGGCGCCGGUGGCGAAGCGUUUCUUGCAGGUCCACAGCACCCCCUUCUUCUCCACGUGGCGGCAGUGGCUGCAACUGUGUGUGUCGUCGACGGACCGGCGCACGCAUCAGAAGUCGGAGAUGUUUGCGCUGCGCUACGUGAAGCUGUGCACUUUAGAUGAGACUCUCUACAUGCAGCACCUGCGUCCACACGCGAUGGAGCUGCUCGAGCAGCUGCUUUUCCCGUAUAUGUGCUUCAAUGAAGUGGACGAGGAGGUCUUCGCCGAUGAAGGCGACCUGGCCGACUACGUCAAGUAUAUGGUGGAGGAGAGCUUAGGCAACGCUGAGUUGUCGACGCGCCAGGCUGCCUCCAACACGAUUUUGGCGCUUCUGGGUAGCAAGAAGAAGUUCCACGACCCUGCGCCGCUGCUGCAGGCGCUGCUCGGCAUUCUCACGGCCGGCUUCGAGUCCGCGGACCUCACGACGGCGGCCGGCAGCGCGCGCCUGUUUGGCUUUCUGCACCUCCUCUCCAUCCUGCGAAAGUUUCUAAAGGAGGUGCCCGCGAUUUGGGAGGGGCAAAUGGCGCAGGUGCUCGUGCGCUACGUCGCCCCGUUCCUGCAGCCGUCGACUCCGUGUGUCAGCAUUCGCUGUAAGGCCAUCGUCGUUUGUCAACGCUACAGCAAGGUGCCCAUGCCAUCGGAGGCAGACUUCGCCUCCUUUAUUCAGAUGAUGUGUGGCCUCAUUCAGGACGCCGACAUGCGAGUGCGGCUGGCCGGCAUUGAUGCCAUGUGCACGUUGCUGGAGAUGAAGCGCGCACGGCAGUACCUGAAGCCGAUCGUCGUCCCGCUCGUUGAGGAAUGUCUUGCGUUUCUCAGCAAGGUGCAGACCACCUUUGUGCCGCUGGUGAUCCUGCAUCUGACCACACACUUUGCGCCGGAGAUGACCCCGGUAAUGGGGAAGCUGGCCCACACCCUCGUUCAACAUUUUUUGUCGACCAUGCAUGACAUGGAGCUGCAGGAGACAGACGGGAGCGUCGGCCUGGGCGACGACGAGGUGGGUGUGAGCGUGUACGAGCAGGCCGCGUUCAGCGCGGAUGCGCUGCUGGACGCGGUCUUGACCGUUGUCACGAGCUGCGGAGAAAACGACGCGGCGUUCACGAGCGUGCGCGUUGACGCUCUGCGUCUUGUGAAGCAUGUGCUGCAGCAGCCUGAAAACUUCGACAUGAUGGAGAAGGCACUGUCGAUCUUGCUGCACGUUCUCUACUUCUCCAAGCCGAUCCCACCGGAGUGCUGGGAGCUGUUGCCUCUCAUCUACGCACUGGUGGACUCCGGCAUCGGCGUCGACUUCUUUAACUCGAUUGAGGAGGUGCUGGACAACUUCGUCUCGGGUGCCCCAGUCGAGUUUCUCGGCGACACAGCUUUGAUGACCGCCACCUACAAGACGUGCGAGAAGAUGCUGAUUGGGGGCGCGGUGUGCGUAGCGGAGUGCCAGAUGGCACCGGCACAGCUCAUCGAAGCCAUGCUUCACACGGCCAAGGCAAACACGGAGCACCCGGGGCUGUUCGACCCGUACCUUUCGCAGUUUGUGGGACUGCUCCUGCAGUCCUUGCUACACCCCGACAUUCAGGGCGGCGAUGUGCGCGUGCGCAUCUGGAUCAUCGCGGCGCUGCUGGACUGCUUCUACUACGACGCAGCAGCCACCUUUAACGUCAUUGUGCAGGUCAACGCCUACCCCAGCUUCUUCGAUGGCCUCCUGUUCCUCUUCCGAGGCUGCAUCAAUGAUGGCGCCUGUUCCUCCGCAGCUGGGGCCAGCAGUGCCGGCCGUCGCAAAAAGAAGGUGAAGAAGGACGACGCAGGGGAGGUAGUCGAGAACCUGUCGCUGCUGACACGAAAGGUGACCAUCCUUGGCCUGUCCUCGCUGCUCGCAUACGCCACCGACCCGCAUCUCGCCACGCCACCGCCGCCGCAGCAGCGGGCAGACUUUGCUCUUCGUUAUCUGGAUCCUCUGACGCGCCUAGUCCAGUACUGCAUUUUUACCAACGAAGCAACGUACGCACCCCGAUGUGCGACGUCGGAGGCAAAUCUGGAGAAGAUCAAGCUUGGCGUCGAGGAUGAUAUCGAGGACUGUGAGAUCAGCGACGAGGCAGUACUGGGCUUGGACGGUGGCGAUGACACUGUGGAGGCCUGCGAGGACUCGUUGGAGGACAUGGACGACGAUCUGGCAGUAGCGCAGGCGGGUCUCGAGCUGGACGAGGGUGACGACUAUGAGAGCCCCAUUGACGACAUCAAUGAGGUGGAGUUUUUUCUCAACUGGGUGCGCAUGCUGCCACAGCUCAGCCCAGUCGCUCAAGCCGCAGCGCAUGCCGUGCUCCGCCCGGAAAGCGAUUACUUGCGUGCCUCCCACACCGCUGGACGCUAUCGGCAGCUGUGCAAGGAGCUGGAGGCAGCCAUGAAGGAAGACUUCCAGAAACGUGCGGAGCUGACCGCAUAG